AAUCUUCUCUUCCUUCGUAUUCUUCGGACAAUCGUGAAAUGAACUUUCCCGCUACUACGAACUUUCGAUGUCCUGUGGUUUAGCAGAAAAUGUUGGAUGUUGAAAGAAAAUUGGGUAAACUUUUCCUCUUCCUUUAAUCAUAUAUUUAUGGCCUGUACUCGUACGAGUCACAACAUCGGUUAUACUUAUCUGUAUUCUUCGUUUCCCAUGAAUACUUUAUAGACAUAUAGCCAAUGUGCAAGAAGUAACAUCAGAGACGUCUAGCAAAUUUUUUCAACAUACAGCGUUCAGUCUUCUAUGCAUAAACAGUUUAGCGCAAAUACUUUCCAUUGUAUCAUAGAGAAGGAAGAAAGACCGAAUAAUUAAUCAUUUCUAAAGCCGAACUUAUCGGUCAGUUCGCUUAAAAUGAUACACAGUAAAAGUAUCAGUCGGCCGGUAGUAAUUGGCUUACGAUUGACUGGAAUUUGGCCAAAUACAUCGUAUGAAAUUAUCGCCCGAUGUAUUUGGGUAGCUAUCAUCAUGCCUGCACAAGUAUUUCAGUAUCGGUAUAUAAUGAAGAACGUUAGUUCUGGAAACUUGGCAGAUGUAAUAGAAAGUGCGAGCACUAGUUUGCCUUAUACUGUACUGCUAUUUAAAUUAAUUAGCUUUUGGAUUAAACGCGGAAUAUUUAAAAACAUGUUGGUGGGAAUGUAUUACGAUUGGAUCAACUCUUCCGCUGAUAAAGCUAAUGUAGAUGUUAUGACGAACAAAGCUGAACUUGCAUACCGUUGCUCGUAUUCGAUUUUUGGCGUAUAUAUUAUUUCCGUUUUUAUGUAUGCCGGUGUGUUUCUGCAAUUUAUCCGUCAAGAUCAAGACGAUUUCAAUAUAACGUCCCGACAGUUAUUAAUGAAAAUGGACCUUCCGUUUGCAUAUUAUGAAAGUCCUGUGUAUCAAUAUGUAUUUCUUGUACAAUUCCUUCAACUGUUAGCUGUUGGAAUUGGCAUGGCUAUAUUAAAUGCUUUGAUAAUUACAUUGAUAUUUCAUGUUGGUGGACAAAUAGAAAUGUUACACGAAGCUCUAGAAAAUAUUUCUAUCAAAGAUGAAAAACAUGGAUCAUUGCGAAAUGUCAUUAAAUCUUUAAUCAAUCGUCAUUAUCGGAUUAUUUUUAAUUCGGAAUAUAUCGAAAGUUUAUUCUCGUAUAUUGCUUUGGUCCAGCUAUUGUGUAAUACAGUAGUCAUGUGCGGUAUAGGAUUCUUAAUAAUAGUCGCGAUUAAUUCACACGGGGAUGUAGGAAUAGUUGUGAAAAUUGUAUUAUUUUAUAUUGCUAUAAUGUUGGAAGCAUUUGUUUUUUCCUACGCUGGGGAAUAUCUCAGUAGUAAAAGCCUGUCAAUUAGCGCUUCAGCUUACGGUUCUUCUUGGUAUUUACUAGAACCUAGAAACAGACGUGUCGUGAUUCUUCUUAUGAUAAGAUCACAAAGACGUUUGACAAUUACUGCUGGGAAAUUUAUGGAUUUGUCUAUGUUCGGUUUUGCGAGUGUAAGCUUGAUCUUUGUUACAAUAUAAUAAAAAUGUUUUUUCU